AGAGCACAGCACCUCAUACCUCUCUACGUGAGUUGAUAGUAGACGACUGCACGAUGCUUGCAUGGCAGUCGUGUGGUGACAUGUUUAACAGUGUGGAGAAGUUGUCCAUCUGCUUUCGGCGUGAUUUCGAGUGUGACUUCAUCCAAAGGGUACACGGGUUCCAAGGAGUUACAGAGCUAUCCAUUCUUGGCAGUGUCAAAAUCACGCCUUGUGAGGUCAAGGGUGAGCCCAGCACAAUGUUCCGGCAACUCGUGAGGUUUUUCCCUCAACUAAUCAAGAUGACAUUCAGAAUUCAAGUGGGCAAUGCAAUCCUCGACCAGAUCUCACAAUCAAUGAACGAGACUCGAGACCUCCCAUUAAAGAGUGCCAGUGUACCAACGCGUAGGGUGUGUGAUGGCCUGGACGAACUGAGUGCCCUCAUUAACAGAAUCGCUGACGAGAACGUCCUGAGAGAAGAGGUGAAGCCCAAAGGAGAUAAGACACGAGAAGAGCUUGGCAAAGAUACUCGGCUGGAUUAUUUGUCUGAGAUAGGUGAAGGCUUCGAUAACGAUGACGAGUUAAAUGACGGGUCCGAUAACAAUUCAUUUCAUGACCCAGAUAAUGAGUUCAUUGACGAGCUUGACGAUGACGAUUUUGAUGACGGGGGGCCCGAUGACGAGCCCAACGAUGACGAGUUAAAUGACGGGUCCGAUGACCAUUCAUUUCAUGAUCAAGAUAAUGGGUUCAAUGACGAGCUCGACGAUGACGAUUUUGAUGACUGGGGGCCCGAUGACGAGCCCAACGAUGACGAGUUAAAUGACGGGUCUGAUGACCAUUCAUUUCAUGAUCAAGAUAACGAGUUCAUUGACGAGCUCGACGAUGACGAUUUUGAUGACGGGGGGCCCGAUGACGAGUCCAAUGAGGAAUCAUAUUUAGAUUAUUAGAUGGAAGGUUGAAGAAUUCAGCUCGUGUAGGAAACUAUCGUGGAGUUCAGUGUUGCAUGAGCAUGUGUCUCAUAACCGCAAAUGUAAUAAGCAUAUAACCACAGCCCUGGUUUCAUUCAUAUUUCAUGAAAUUUACAUCUGCAACAUUUGGAAAAAGUUAGGAUUUAUUAUCGUGUCUGUAGUGAGACAAUACUUUGGCAACAUAAUGUCCGUACUUCAAUAUCACUGUGGCCACUAUAACGUCUUUCCUGUGACGGUACUUAUAGCACUGUAAUAUUUCGUAUUGUGACAAUAUAUGGUAAAACCAUGUCCAUUAUACUGAUGGUGAUUUUACUGUGGCCUUAUCUUGGCAUGUCUUUAUUUUCAAAUCACUGUGACGUAUUUGUAUCUUUUCAUUGACAGUAGUAGGACAGAUAAACAAUCCCCCUCCUCUACAAAGGUCUUGUUCGAAGGAGCAAGGAGAAGGAGCAAGAUAAUUCACCCUUCUCCUGUUAGACAUUCCAUAAACAAUUACAAUCUUGUCAUGACCAGAGAGGUGAAAGAAUGGAGUGGAUUUAAGCCGCUUUCCUUUGACCCCAUGCUCCAAGCCGCCGAAAAGUUAUGUGCUAAUCUGCAACUGUUGACCAGGUGGU